CCCAUGCCAGCUCAGGCACCCGAGGCUUUGGCCAUGGGGUGGUAAAUUUGCAGUGUAGAUGCUUUUUUCAAACAACUAACAAAAUCAUCCAAAGCCCAAGAUUUGGUGGUGAUGGGGGACUUCAACUAUGCAGAUAUAUGUUGGGAAAAUAACACCGCGGGGCAUAGACUAUCCAAUAAGUUCCUGGACUGCAUUGCAGACAACUUUUUAUUUCAGAAAGUUGAAAAAGCUACUAGGGGGGAAACUGUUCUAGACUUGAUUUUAACAAAUAGGGAGGAACUUGUUGAGAAUUUGAAAGUAGAAGGAAGCUUGGGUGAAAGUGAUCAUGAAAUCAUAGAGUUUGCAAUUCUAAGGAAAGGUAGAAGGGAGUACAGCAGAAUAGAGACAAUGGAUUUCAGGAAGGCGGAUUUUGGUAAGCUCAGAGAGCUGAUAGGCAAGGUCCCAUGGGAAUUAAGACUGAGGGGAAAAACAACUGAGGAAAGUUGGCAGUUUUUCAAAGGGACACUAUUAAGGGCCCAAAAGCAAGUUAUUCCGAUGGUUAGGAAAGAUAGAAAAUGUGGCAAAAGACCACCUUGGCUUACCUUUGAGAUCUUGCGUGACCUACAAAAUAAAAAGGCGUCAUAUAAAAAAUGGAAACUAGGUCAGAUCACGAAGGAUGAAUAUAGGAAAAUAACACAGGAAUGCAGAGGCAAGAUUAGAAAAGCAAAGGCACAAAAUGAACUCAAACUAGCUAUGGGAAUAAAGGGAAACAAGAAGACUUUUUAUCAAUACAUUAGAAGCAAGAGGAAGACUAAGGACAGGGUAGGCCCACUGCUCAAUGAGGAUGGGGAAACAGUAACGGGAGACUUGGAAAUGGCAGAGAUGCUUAAUGACUUCUUUGUUUCAGUCUUCACUGAGAAGUCUGAAGGAAUGUCUAGUAUAGUGAAUGCUUACGGGAAGAGGGUAGGUUUAGAAGAGAAAAUAAGGAAAGAUCAAGUAAAAAAUCACUUAGAAAAGUUAGAUGCCUGCAAGUCACCAGGGCCUGAUGAAAUGCAUCCUAGAAUACUCAAGUAGUUAAUGGAAGAGGUAUCUGAGCCUCUAGCUAUUAUCUUUGGGAAAUCAUGGGAGACGGGGGAGAUUCCAGAAGACUGGAAGGGGGCAAAUAUAGUGCCCAUCUAUAAAAAGGGAAAUAAAAACAACCCAGGAAACUACAGACCAGUUAGUUUAACUUCUGUGCCAGGGAAGAUAAUGGAGCAGGUAAUCAAAGAAAUCAUCUGCAAACACUUGGAAGGUGGUAAGGUGAUAGGGAAUAGCCAGCAUGGAUUUGUAAAGAACAAAUCGUGUCAAACUAAUCUGAUAGCAUUCUUUGAUAGGAUAACGAGCCUUGUGGAUAAGGGAGAAGCGGUG